UCUUAUAAUUACAAAUAAAAUGUUGUGGCAUAGUAGUUAAGUAUUGUAUUUUUGUGCAAAAGGUUGAUGGAUCAAACUUUGGCCCCCUUAAUUUUUUGGCCCAAGAUCCGCCACUGUGCCUAACCUUGAGUUGGCAAAUUGUGUAUGCUAUUUCCUUUGUACUCCAUAAUAAAUUGAGAAAUUGAGGAUGAGUCAAACUUUAAGGGAUAGAUCAUAGAUGAAGUAAUUUACAACGUGCACGUACCACGUUUGUUAGUUGUUGAGUCAAUUCGGUCGUUAACUCGUUAUACUCGUUUAGAAUAAAAUCAUUUUCUUAUCCUAAAAAAAUUACAUAAACACCCCAUUUUUCACAUGCAGACAAAAUAAUCCAAACACAUGCAAUGACUGUACAACACGUGUCAAACCCACCUUCUUCAACCUCAAAAAUUAAAAUUUAAAAAAAUAAAAAAACCAGCGCCUGAAAAUUUCUCUCUCCUCCAUUUCCAACCUCUUAUCUAUCUCUACUCCCGCCAUUGUCAACGCUCACCAUUUUCUCUCUCCUCCUCCAAGCUCCAACAAUGGCGGCCAACCUAUUCAAGAUCUCACUUUCUCUCUCCACCGCUUUCCCCGCCGCAACCGCCUUUCGCCGCCGCUAUAUCCGCCGAUCUCACUCCCCAAUUCUCUCUCCUCUCCCGCACAAUCCUUCUAUCCAACGUCGCCGGAACCCUAAUUUUGUCGCAGCAAAGGCUGUCGAGUUAAAUAUUCCGACUUCAAACUCAACUUCGUUGCCGGAAAAUCAAGUUCCGGCGGAAUCCUCGUUUCUACUCGAUGUCGGCGGGAUGAUGUGCGGCGGUUGUGUAACUCGCGUGAAGAAAUUGCUCGUAUCUGACGAUCGCGUGGAGUCUGCGGUGGUGAAUAUGUUGACGGAAACUGCUGCAGUGAGGCUGAAAUCGGAGGUUUCCGGCGGUGAAUUUGUGGCGGAGGAGUUGGCGAAGAGGUUGUAUGAGUGUGGAUUUGAGGCGAAGAAGAGAGUUCCUGGUAAUGGAGUAGGAGAGAGAGUGAAGAAAUGGAAGGAAAUGGCGGUGAAAAAGGAGGAAUUAGUUGAGAAGAGUAGAAAUCGAGUGAUUUUUGCUUGGACUUUAGUUGCUCUUUGUUGUGGUUCUCAUACUAGUCAUAUCUUGCAUUUUCUUGGAAUUCAUGUUGCUCAUGGAGGAAUCUGGGAUGUGCUGCAUAAUGCGUAUGUGAAGGGUGGUUUAGCUUUGGGAGCUUUGCUGGGACCGGGAAGAGAUUUGCUGUUUGAUGGUAUCAAGGCAUUUGCCAAGGGUUCUCCAAACAUGAAUUCUCUAGUAGGAUUUGGAUCAGUUGCUGCUUUUAUCUUGAGUGCUGUCUCACUUGUCAGCCCUGAACUUGAGUGGAAUGCUUCAUUCUUUGAUGAACCGGUCAUGCUUCUUGGUUUUGUGCUUCUUGGUCGUUCUUUGGAAGAAAGGGCAAGGAUCAAAGCCUCUAGUGACAUGAACGAACUUUUAUCUUUAAUAUCUACUCAAGCUCGACUUGUCAUCACUUCCUCAGAGAGUGAUUCUUCUGCCAACGAAGUGCUGGCCUCUGAUGCCAUUUGUAUUGAAGUUCCUACUGAUGACAUUCGAGUUGGUGAUACUGUGUUGGUUUUACCUGGAGAAACCGUACCUGUGGAUGGAAAGGUAAUUGCUGGAAGAAGUGUUGUGGAUGAAUCUAUGCUUACUGGAGAAUCUCUUCCUGUAUUCAAGGAGGCAGGGCUUUUUGUGUCCGCUGGGACAAUAAAUUGGGAUGGUCCAAUAAGGAUAGAAGCUACUUCCACAGGCUCCAACUCUACUAUAUCCAAAAUUAUUCACAUGGUUGAAGAUGCCCAAAGUAAUGAAGCACCAAUACAAAGGCUUGCAGAUUCAAUUGCUGGACCGUUUGUCUAUAGUGUGAUGGCUUUUUCUCUGAUGACAUUUGCCUUUUGGUCAUCAAUCGGGACAAAAUUAUUCCCUGAUGUCUUGCUGAAUGACAUUGCUGGUCCUGAGGGUAGUACUUUGAUCUUAAGCUUGAAGCUGGCUGUAGAUGUGUUGGUGGUCUCCUGCCCCUGUGCUUUAGGCCUUGCCACACCCACAGCAAUUCUAGUUGGCACUUCCAUAGGAGCAAGACAAGGACUUCUUUUAAGAGGAGGUGAUGUGCUGGAACGCUUGGCUGGCAUAGAUUAUAUGGCUUUUGACAAGACAGGAACCCUCACAGAAGGAAAGCCUACUGUAUCAGCUGUGGCUUCAUUGGCUUAUAAUAGUUCUGAAAUUCUCCAGCUUGCUGCUGCUGUAGAGGAAACAACAUCACAUCCGCUUGCAAAUGCUAUUUUGAGUAAAGCAAAAUCAUGUGGGUUGCAGAUUCCAUCCACAAGUAGACAAUUAACAGAACCAGGUUUUGGAACAUUAGCUGAAGUAGAUGGACGUUUGGUUGCAGUUGGUGCUUUGGAAUGGGUUCGUGAACGUUUUGAAACAAAGAACCUCUCUGAUAUAACAGAUUUGGAGCGUGCCUUGAUGCUUGAGUCGGCUAAACCAACUUCAUCACUGGAUAAGUCAGAAACGGUGGUGUAUGUUGGACGGGAAGGAGAGGGUGUAAUUGGUGCUAUUGCAAUCUCUGACGCCUUGAGGCAUGAUGCUGUGGCUACUGUGGCAAGGCUUAAAGGGAUGGGAAUCAAACCUGUCCUCUUAUCUGGUGACAGGGAAGAAGCAGUUGCAAAAGUCGCAAAAAUCGUUGGAAUAAGUCGUGAGUUUGUCGAGCCAUCCCUGAAUCCUCAGCGGAAAUCUCAAUUUAUAUCAGAUAUACAAGCUUCAGGACAUCGUGUUGCUAUGGUUGGUGAUGGUAUAAAUGACGCACCCUCUUUGGCACUUGCUGAUGUUGGAAUCGCUUUGAAAACUGGGUUACAAGAAAAUGCUGCAUCUGAUGCUGCUUCCAUUGUACUUCUUGGGAACAGGAUUUCACAGGUUGAAGAAGCUGUUGACCUAGCUCGCGCAACUAUGAGUAAAGUACAUCAAAAUCUAUUGUGGGCAGUUGCAUAUAAUGUUGUUACAAUUCCAGUAGCUGCUGGUGUACUGCUUCCCCAUUUUGAUUUUGCUAUGACGCCUUCUCUAUCAGGUGGGCUUAUGGCUUUGAGUUCAAUUUUUGUGGUCUCCAAUUCUCUUCUACUGCAGCUCCAUGGUUCCAACAAAGAGAAGAAAGAACUUGCCUCAGGACUUCCAAAACAAGUCUGAAAUUAUUUAUAGGGAUUUCCCUUUUCAUUUAUAGAGAUGAUACCUUAACACAAAAAGGCACCAUGCUUCACGGGCUGAUAGGUGUCUUCUACGACAGGGUCACUGUUUUGGCACGAAACCUACACAGGCUACAUUUGAAGAGAUUAUAUUCCAGUUAAUCUUGUAAAUCUGUAUUAAUACACCCCAAUUUUAUUGUAAAUGUGUAUCAUAUGCCUAUGGUUGUAAGUCUUGUCACUUGUAAGAAAGAGUGUCUUCCCUGUAGAAUGUAUAACAUUGAACCUAGCUGUUCUAUUAUUGGCAAAAUUUUGUCCCUUUGACAUUUAAUUUUUGUAAGGCCUCCAAGCAUCAGUCUCCCUCGCUCUUGA